AUGAGCAAGAAUCCUUUGACCAUGUCAAGUAAGAAGAAUGAUUUAGAAGAGAGCGUUCCUUUGAUACUAUCUCAAACAAGAGAUUCACAACAGAAUAGAUAUAAACCUGUGCCAAAUCAGCAAAGACAAAGAUAUGAUUCUAAUUUUCCAUCUUAUUCGAGUGAUAAUGAUGUUGAUGUUCAACGAACAAAGAUUGGACCCCAAAGGACCUCAAGAAAGGCGCAAAAAUUGAAGUUAUUGCCUGAAGAAAGUUUCACUAGUCGAAGCAAGACAUCUAAAGAUAAUAAUAAUGAUAGAAAUGAUGAGGAUGAGGACGACGAUGAGGUGCUUGUGGAGACAAGUGAUGAUUUUGAAGAUUCAGAGGAGGAAGACUCUGAUAUAGAUUUUGACAAUAAACAAAAGAGCCGUGCUAGUAGUAUUGGUAUUGAAAUUAACAAUAGUAAUAAUGAUAAUGACAAUGAUGAUGAUGAUGGGUAUGCAAAAAAUAAGUCUGUAGUUUUAAAUAUCAAUGUCAAUGAGUCUUUGAGUAAUGAUAACAAUAAUACUACAGUAGAUUCUUCGCCAACAAAUGUGACACCACAUAAGACAGAAAUAAGCAAAAAAACUACUACUAGUAACACCGCAGAAACUGCCAAGUCAUCUUUACCAUACUCAUCCUCCGCAUUUAUGGAAAAAGAAUCGCAAUCAUCUACAAUAUUGACACCAACUAUCAAGAGAGGGACUACUGAUAAUCCUAAUAGUAAUAAGACGAAAAUGAAAGUAAGAAAGGAGAAUAAAGGAUACGUUUAUUCACAAGUAAACAAAAUCACGGACAAACCUGCAAGACGUGAUGCUAAACGUCUUGGUAAAGCUCAAAGACAUCUUUUACCUAGAUGUACUGCCUAUUGUACUGCAAGUAGUUACAAUAUGAGGGGUUUGAUUAAAUGGUUAAGAGAUUCACAUAAAGUGUAUCAUACGAAGCCGAAAUUAUUUGAUGAAUGUUUAUAUACUCCUUUUUCCUACACAGAUUGGAGAAGAGAUAAAAGAUUUGAACAUGAAGAUAUAAUUAGACUAGAUAAAGAAGGUGGUGAGAUUAAUGUAAGUGACAAACGACCAGAUUUAUUUAUAUUUGAAUAUGGUGUUGUUGUAUUAUGGGGAUUUACAGAAAGGGAGGAGAAAUCAUUAUUAAAUGAUAUAGAAAGAUUUGAGAAGGAGAAAUUGGCACAAGAAGAUAUUCAAGUGGAAGAAUUUAAUUACUAUAUAACAACGAGUUAUCAACCGAGAAUUUAUAAUGAUUUCAUUACAUUAAGGGAUGGGUCGAAUUAUAUGACAAAAUUGUCAAUAUCGCAUGCAAUAGCACAAAGUGUUAAGAUAUCAUUAUUUGAAGAAUUGGUUGAUAAUACUAUUGAAGACACGCAAGACAUACCGCAAGAGAUUGCAUCAACUGGAAAAGUAUCGAUGAACAAAGAAGAGAUAAUGAAAAGUAUUGGUGAAUUGUUUAUAUUAAGGAUUAAUAUCAAUUUGCAUGGCUCAGUGAUGGAUUCUCCAGAGAUUAUGUGGUCAGAACCUCAAUUGGAGCCAAUAUAUCAAGCGACUAGGGGUUAUUUAGAGAUUAACCAACGUGUUGCAUUAUUGAAUCAAAGAUUAGAGGUGAUUUCAGACCUUUUACAAAUGUUAAAGGAACAAUUGGGACAUUCACACGAGGAAUAUUUAGAAUUUAUUGUGAUAAUUCUUGUUGGUGUAGAAGUUUUUGUUUCGCUAGUUAAUAUUGCAGUGGAUAUCUUUGCGAACCGUCAUGGGUAA